UCUUAAAAAAUAGAGCUCACACAUCAUUACGCUGGCGUGAAAUGUUUGGGCUCAUUGAUGGGCUUCAUGGUCAAAUUUGAGCUCAACUAGGCCCACACCAUUCUUCUCAAUUACUGAGGAAGCCCACUGUUUCAAUUUGAUAUCCCAACAAAUGAAACAUUUAAAAAGUUGUUAGAUUUCCUCUUUCGCGCCAUGAAUCCUCCUAUUUUGCAUAUCAUCCACAACUGCAAAACUCUCAAAUCCUUGAAAUCCAUCCAUGCCCGUCUUUUGAUCGAAAGCUCAGUUGCUUCCUCGGAGUUUGUUAUCAACAAACUUCUCCGUCUCUACUCACGCUUUGGAGCCACUGACUACGCCCAUAAGGUUUUUGAUGAAAUUACUCAGCCAAAUGCUUAUCUAUGGACAUCCUUGAUUCAUGGGUAUGUUGAAAAUCGUCAAUAUGAUGAAGCUUUUUCUCUGUUUAUCCAAAUGCGGAGGGAACCCAUCUCAGUUUUGAAUUUCACUAUUUCUUCUGUGCUCAAGGCUCUUGCCCGGCUUACAAGAUUCAAAGGUGGGCAAGCUGUUUAUGGGUUUGUCUUGAAAUAUGGAUUUGCUUUUGAUUUGAUUGUGCAGAAUUCAGUGCUUGAUCUGUUCAUGAGAUGCAGGAAAGUGGAUACUGCAAGGCAGGCAUUCGAUGAGAUGUGCGAGAAGGAUAUUGUGUCUUGGAAUAUGAUGAUUUCUGGUUAUGGGAAUAAUGACAGAGUUGAUAUUGCGCGCAAGUUUUUUGAUAGAAUGCCAGAGAGGAAUGUGGUUUCAUGGACUAGCAUGAUUUGUGGAUAUGUUAAGGCUGGUGACAUGGCAGAGGCACAGGUUCUUUUUGAUUCAAUGCCUGUCAAAGACUUGGCAUCAUGGAAUGUGAUGGUUUCUGGGUACAUGGAUAUUGGUGAUUGUGUGAAUGCUAGGAUAAUUUUUGGGAAAAUGCCCAUUCAUGAUACUGGGAGUUGGAAUAUAAUGAUUUCAGGAUUCUGUAAAGCAGGGGAAUUAGAAUCUGCAAAAGACUUUUUUGAUAGAAUGCCAAAUAAAAAUGUUAUAUCUUGGGGUAUUAUGCUAGAUGGAUACAUUAAAAACGGAGAUACUAAUGGUGCAAGAUGUUUAUUUGAUCAGAUGCCCAUGAAGAAUCUCGUCACUUGGUCUACCAUGAUUGGAGGUUAUGCUAGAAAUGGACAGCCUCUUAAGGCUUUGGAAUUGUUUGAACGGUUCAAGGAGCAGGACAUCAAGCCAGAUGAGACUUUUAUUUUGGGAAUCAUCUCAGCUUGCUCGCAGUUGGGGAUUAUAGAUGCAGCUGAAUCGAUUAUUCACAACUAUGUGGGGCCCUCACUUCUUUCUGAUCUGAGAGUUUUCACUAGUUUGAUAGACAUGUAUGCAAAAUGUGGCAGCAUUGAAAAGGCUCUGCAAAUGUUUGAAAUGGCUCACCCAAAAGACUUACUAUGCUAUAGCACAAUGAUUGCAGCCUUGGCAAAUCAUGGAUUGGGCCGUGAUGCUAUUUUCUUGUUUGAUAAAAUGCAAAGGGCAAAUAUAAAACCUGAUAGUGUGACUUUUCUUGGAGUUCUGACUGCUUGUAAUCAUGGAGGCCUUGUUGAUGAAGGCAGGAAGUACUUUAAACAAAUGACUGAAGAAUUUGGAAUUCAACCCUCAGAAAAGCAUUAUGCAUGUGUGGUUGAUCUUCUGGGUCGUGUUGGAUGCCUUGAGGAGGCAUAUAACCUUAUACGUAAUAUGCCAAUAGCACCACAUUCGGUUGUAUGGGGUGCUUUGCUUGCAGCUUGUAGGGUCCACUGCAAUGUUCAGCUGGCUGAAGUUGCAGCAGCUGAGUUAUUCAAGAUUGAACCAGAUAACUCUGGUAAUUAUAUUCUUUUAUCCAAUAUUUAUGCUGCUGCUGGAAGAUGGGGCAGUGUUGCUAAAGUGAGAGCAAAGAUUAGGGAGCAUCGGGUGAGAAAGAAUAGAGGCUCAAGCUGGAUUGAGUUGAGCCAUGUAGUUCAUGAGUUUGUUAUGGGAGAUAUGUCACAUACAGAUUCAGAUAGCAUAUCGUUGAUCUUGUAUUUACUCUGUGAAGAUAUGAAACUUUCAGGAUAUUUAAUUGACUCCUGACAGAAAUAAUAGGCUUCUUACAUGUCCUCUUAAAA